AAAAUAUUAAGAAAAGUGAGAAUUAUCCGUUCAUGUUCCUCUUCGGAAGUGGUUCUUUCCCAAUCCAUCCUGCACCUGCACCGUUCCACAUGCAAGGGCGGGCAAUUAUACCUUUAGUUGUCGUUCCUGGAUUGGAGAAACUAUCCUUGAUAAGCAAUGACAUUGAAAUGAUAUGUAACCGCCCAUUUCCAGAAAACAUCUUUUUCCAUGUUAAAUCUCUUGAAGUUCGCUGUAUUCACGGUGAUUCAGCGGCUUUACCAAUCUUCUUCCUCGAAAGGUUCUGCAAUUUACAAAAGCUUCAAAUAUGUUGUUCUGAUAUCAAGGAGUUGUUCCCACCUGUAGCAUCCAUUGAUUCUUUGGAAAAAGAUGUGGGAGGACGCUUGCAUAAGAUUACAAAGUUGGAGCUGAAUCAACUUCUUAAGCUUAACUAUAUAUGGAAACAAGGCCCAGCAUCAAAUUUACUCCUUCAAAAUGUUAAAUCUCUUAAAGUGCUGCUUUGUCACAGUUUGAUCAGCUUAUCAGAAUCUACAGCAUCUUUCCAAAAUCUCACCACUUUGUCGGUGGAAAGCUGUGAAGGGUUAAUAAACUUAUUUUCAUUUGCAACAGCCCAAAGUCUGGUGCAACUCCAAAGUAUAAGUGUAGAAAAUUGCCACUCUCUGACAGAAAUAGUUGGAGGAGAAGGAGUUGGAUUAGCAGAUGUGAUUGUUUUCAGCAAAUUAGAAGUUUUGAAACUCAAGCGCUUAACAAGACUCGCAAGCUUUUGUUCAACAAAUUUCACAAAUUUCACAUUCAAUCUGCCAUUGUUGGAAGCACUAAUGGUGGUUCAAUGUCCCAAGUUUGAGACCUUCUGUCGCGGAGUCGUGAGGACUCCAAGCCUGCAGAGAAUAUUUACACAACAAGACGACGAAGGACGGGAGGUGGUUGAGCUGAAUAGUACCAUAAAUCAAUUGUACAACGAAAAGGUUGGAUAUGCUGGGUUACAAGAUUUGAACCUAUCAGAGUUUCCUCAGUUAAUGGAAGAAUGGAACAAGAAUCCUCAACAAAUCUUGGAUUUCACAUGCCUUCGUGUCCUCAAAAUUUGUAACUGUGAUAACUUGAGAUACCUCUUAACUCCUUCCAUGGCAUUGAGCCUUGCUGAUCUCCAAACGUUGGAAGUACAAAACUGUGAAAUGAUUGAGAAAAUAAUAACAGAAGAGGGAAGUACGGAGGUAGCAGAAAAUAAGAUGAUAUUCCCUCUGCUAGUCACCAUUAAUCUGGGGUCAUGUUUCAACUUAACAAGUUUCUGUUCGGCAAGUUAUGGACUUGAGUUUCCAUCUUUGUCAAAGAUGCAUAUAAUUGAUUGUCCAAAGAUGGUCACAUUUGCUUCAACAUUUUCAACAGUGCAAGUGAGGGAGGCAGUUAACGGAGGAAGUAAAGAAAGGACUGGCAAGCAAUAUGCUGAUAUCCCUGCCGAGCCCUUUUUCAGUGGUCAGGUUGAGUUUUCCAGCUUCCUGCAGUUGAAACUGUCCUUAGUGAACAUGCAACAAAUAUUCAACAAACAACUUUCAGCAAUGUCUUCUGUCAUUCAGAGUGUAGGAUACUUGACUGUAUUUGGAUGUGAUAAUUUGAAAUAUCUAUUUACCUCCUCAAUGAUUAAAAGUCUGGGGCAACUCGUAUUGCUAUCGAUUCAUAAUUGUAAGAUGAUGAAAGAGAUAAUAGUGACAGAAGGAAUAGCAGAAGAAGAAGAAAUCAUGUUUCUUCGUAACCUUGAAACACUAAGGCUUGAAGGCCUUCCCAAACUCACAAGAUUCUGCCAUCGAAAUUGCUCAGAGUUCCCCUCCCUAACAAAGCUUGCUCUACUCAAGUGCCCUUUGUUGGAGACGUUCAUCUCUAGUCCUACCAUUGGAGACACAAGUCACGUGACAACAAAAUACUUACUUGCAUUUUGUCUUCAACUUUGUUAAUUGAUUUUGA